UUUGUUUUUUUGAACCGGUUCAAUCCAUGCAUUUAAAAGAUCCGAUUCCAAUGAAUGAUUCACUCAUCGCUAUCAGGUUCACCGGAAGGAAUCGGUUUAGCGGUUUUGUAUCCCCGGCGCGCGUGAAGAUGGCAUCCCGUAAAGAAGCCCCGUCUGGAAAAAGCCUGGAUUCUCCCGUCAGACAAAUCCAGAUCGAAGGACUGGUGGUGAUGAAGAUCAUCAAGCAUUACCAGGAGGAAGGUCAGGGCAGUGAGGUGGUGCAGGGGGUGCUGCUGGGGCUGGUGGUGGAGGACAGGCUGGAGAUCACCAACUGCUUCCCUUUCCCUCAACACACAGAGGACGAUGCUGACUUUGAUGAAGUUCAGUAUCAGAUGGAGAUGAUGAGAAGUUUGCGCCAUGUAAACAUUGAUCAUCUUCAUGUGGGUUGGUACCAGUCAACUUUCUACGGUUCUUUUGUCAGCCGGGCCCUUCUGGACUCUCAGUUCAGCUACCAGCACGCCAUCGAAGAGUCAGUUGUGCUUAUAUAUGAUCCAAUCAAGACAGCCCAGGGGUCUUUGUGCUUGAAAGCCUACAGGUUGACCCCAAAACUCAUGGAGAUCUGUAGAGAGAAGGACUUCUCAGCAGAUGGGCUGAAGAAGGCUAGCGUGGGUUAUGAGAACAUGUUCGAGGAGGUGCCCAUUGUCAUCAAGAACUCUCAUCUCAUCAACGUUCUGCUGUGGGAGCUGGAGGACAAAUCCACUGCUGCAGACAAACACGAGCUCUUGAACCUUUCCAGCAGUACUCAUCUGGAGAAGAGCCUGCAGAUGCUGAUGGACCGCGUGGACGAAAUGAGUCAGGACAUUGUCAAGUACAACAACUACUGCCGCAGUCUCAGCAAGCAACAGCAACAGAAACAUCAGUACAUUCAGAGACGGCAACAGGAGAAUGCGCAGAGACAGAGUCGAGGAGAGCCUCCGCUUCCUGAGGAAGACCUGAGCAAGAUGUUCAAGCCUCCUCAGCCGCCUCCGCGAAUGGACACCCUGCUCAUUGCUAGUCAACUCAGCACAUACUGCCAAACCAUCAAGGAGUUCACAUCUCAAAACCUGGGCAAGCUUUUCAUGGCUGAAGCUCUUCAAGGAACAAGCAGUUAUUCUUGAGCUACCUACAUUGUCCUAUGAUUGGUCAAGAGACACCAGUUCUGUUUUUAUGACUUUUUCUGUGGCUCAUUUUAAUACAGUGUUCCAUUGGUUUUAGAUUUUUGAUUUAACAUUACUAGACCAAAACAUAAGCUUAUAGGUGUUUCAAUUCCCACCAGACAGGUCAUUUUAUUUAAGCAUGGACAGUAUAAAUGCAUAUUAUGCAUAUCAGCACGGACCAAACAGUGAUUUCUGAGAGGAACCCAAUGUACCUGUCAACAAUGUGUGAAAAGGGAUGUUGGAAAUUUGAUAAAUUGGAUUGUGUCCACUUUUGAAAUGCUCCAUUUAAGAGAGAGAUAUGCCAUCCUUUUUUUAUGUUUGUGUUUCAUAUUUGUACAGGUACAUGUUGUAUCAGCAGGGGAGUCUUGAAGUCUUUUUGCAAGCCUGUGACUAAGAUUUUUCUUUUUCUUUUAAAUUAUUUGGCAAGAAAUCUCACUUUAAUUAUGUUUUAUUGUAAAGGAGCAAUUUAGGGAUCAAAACAGUCAAUUUGUACAAGCCAUGGUGUUCUUUUAGCCAAAUAUGGAUGGGAACAGUAGUAAUUAUAGUACUGAGCUGUAACUCUGCCCCCUUCCCUGUCAGUUUACACCAGGAGUCUGCUGCUGGACAUUAAUUUCAGCCCACUGUUCCCUGUAGUCGAGGGACACUGGGGUCUGCGUGACGUUUGCCGCCCACCACCUCUCCACUACCCGCUACAGUCAUUAGCCUUUGCAGAAUGUAUUUUAAAAUUUAUUUCCACUUCACUUCAGGUGAUUAAAGCAGAUAAACCAUGACAAUAAAACUCUUGAACUUCAGCCGCCCUGAUGGAUGAUUACAAAGAGUUUGAGUCGUAAUUGCAGCGAUGAGCUUUUGACAUAACACGACGUGCCCAGCCUUUCAAAGAGGAGUGCGCCAUCAAAAUCCAGCUGCUUGAAAAGAAAAAUAAAAUGCAAAAAAGUUCUAGUUUUGAAUAUCCUACUCUAACUCUAGAUAUAUUCCAUGUCACCUUUCGCUGGUGAAUUAAAGUAAUUGCAGUACUGACCUUAUGCCCUUGUAAUUAAAUACUAUAUCCUGUCAUGAUGGAAGUUAUUCCAUUUUGUGAAAUCAGGAAGGAUUUUGCUUAUUGAAGUAAAAGACAGUUAAUGACAUAAAUACUAGCAGUGUUCAUCUUUAAUAGAAAAAGAUAAGUCAGAGGUCUCAUGACUGACGUCUUUUCAGGCACCUAAAGAAUAGGUGUAUUUUUAAAGUCUGACUUAUUUCAGGGACAUUACAAUUAAAGGAAGAAUAUAUACAGUAUAUGGUAGUUUACAGGGCUUUUUUGCGGUAAGUAACUGUAAAAUUACAGCAAAGUCUAACACUGAAUUGUCCGUUCAUGUUAGUUCACAGUGCAUUAACUAAUGUUAACAAGAUUUUAAUAAUUUAUUAGUAAAUGAAUAAACGCUGUAUAAGUGCAGUUCAUUAUUAGUUCAUGUUAACUAAUGUAGUUAACUAAUGAACCUUAUGGUAAAGUGUUACCAUUUUAUCUCAUAUACUGUAGAUAAAAACCUUUUGAAACAAAAUCACACAUUUUUCCAGGAUCAGAGCCGUUUUCAAGGACUCUUUCCUUUCAAUCUGUAGAAAUCAAUUUCCGUGUUUUUCUUCCAUAAAUGCUCAUUUCAGUAUUCAUUUGAUGUUUUCCAGUUAUACCACAACAAAGUCUCCCUUGUUUCAUGGAAUUGAUAACUCCCAAGAUUUAACCUACUCCAUGAUUUUAGUCCAUUUAAAGGCCAGUUGUUUUUCCCUGACGGUUAAUCUAGAGUUUAGCUAACCUGACUCCUCACAGGUGAUGAGCUGUGUUUGAAUUGCAAUAAUGGAGGGAUGAAUUUCUCCCUAAAGCCCCAUUGAUCUGUGUGUGUGUGUGUGUGUGUGUGUGUGUGUGAGAGCGGGCGGCUUAGAAGACAUUGAUUUGAGAAGCAGUAGAAGCGGGGCUGGCUCAUUAGGAGCUUUCUUUGAACGCUUUCAUUGUGUUUGUUUUAGGCUGGUAAGCCAGAGGUGCUACAGCUUUUGUUCUAUUAUUGAUGAAGUCCCACUUGUUUCCACACUUUUUGAGGACGUUGCUCCACAAGCCAGCAGAAGUUGUUGUUUGAUGUGUGUGUUAGUUGCACCUUUUUUAAAAGUCAAUACUGUAAAAGGCCUGUGCUUUGGUUUAACAGUUCCUGGCACUUUUUAGGAAUACACUGUGGUAUCCCAACAGCACAACUUCUUUUAAGCAUUUUUAAUGCAUAAAUUCAGUGUUUUUGUUAUUGUGAAAACUGGGGUUGGUUAGAAACACUGUUAUGUACCAAAAUUAACUUAGCUUAAGCAGUAGGAAGUUGUAAACAAAUAUGUUCUUUUUCUUUUUUUAAAAGAAUUUUUGCAAUCCAUUUUUUAAUUAAAAAUAGUUAACAUGUUUCUUAAGAAAAAUUGAAUAGCUGUUAUUUCAAAAACCCUCUGGGUUUUUUUUUUCCUUUUUAUUAAUUAAAAAAAAUGCUUACUUUUAUUUUAUUUUUUACUAAUUUGCUUCAUUCUUCUUGCUAAAAAAAAUAAAAUUCAACAAAUCAUACUUCAUCAUGGAAAGUGCCUCUUGGUGGAGGAUAAAAAAUUUAAAUCGUUUUCAGCCAGUUUUCAUCUUUUAUUUUGGUAAUGCUCAGUUCCUGAUCCCUGAGAAGAUGGAAGAAUGAUACAUUUAAGGCAGAAGUUCAUCAAAAAUAUGUUUUUGGAGGAAGCAAUGUCAAGAUGUUCUCAGAAACCACCAAUGGUCACUCAGUUUCCAUUUGAUGACACACACAGAACCCACAUAAAUGCAGGGCUGUCUGUGUUCGAACUAAAAGCGUAAAUGAAAACUGGAGCCCUUGAAAAGUUUUUGAGAGAAGCUAUCCGAUUGCUCUAGUACAAUGGUUACCACAAUCUUCUAUAAACAGGAAAUUCCUACUGUUCCACUCUAAUAUAGGCUCUGUAAUAAGUACCUGUCUAUACAUACAUACCCGGUCUUGAUAACACUUUUCCAUGAUUUUUUUUCCCUCCAACAUUUCUUGUCAAAAGUUUCUAUUUAUUUUGUUUGGCAAGAUGGAUUGAACACUUGAACCGAGUUACUGGCAGCCUCCAGAGGGUCUCACAGAGGCAGAUGGCGAAAAGCAUCUGUAAUGAAACAGCUGAAAUCAGGUUUAAACAUUAGCACCUGCUUUUUUAGACAACAAAAUCUGAACUUUGACAGCAACAGUCAGAAGAGUUCACGUUUAGUGAACAUCAACAUUAUACAUAUAUGGUGGGGAGGGUGGGUCUAAACUUUAAAGAUUCCAUUUUCAAACCUAUAGAAUAAAUCAAAAUAUGACUAUAUAUAUAAAAAAAAUUAAUUCCAGGAAAUGAUUAGCUAGUUAAAUUCUGAUGAAGCAAUUCCAUACUUAUGUUAACCAAUGCUUCGUUUUGUUUGGAAAAUGUUCUUUUUGUCAGGUGUUUCUCAUUAAGGUCAUUUUAAACUUGUUACAUGAAUUUAACAAAUUAUGUGUGCUCGUAAAUGUCAUUUCCCAUUAAUUGAGUGCUUGUUAUCGGGGAACACCUGUAUUUAACAACCUACUAUUAAAAGACCUUAUUAUUUAAAAUGAAAUAACAAACAGAAAAAUAAAAGCCCUCAAUAGCCUUGAAAUAGAAGCGGGCUGAAUACAGACUAAGCGAGGUCAGAAUUUAUGGUCUAUGGUAAAUAAUUGCAAAUGUUAUUAACCUGAAACCCAUUUAAAGUCUUACUAAUAGUGCACUCACUAUAAAUUGAUACAGCAAGGCUAAAUGGCUUCCAGUCAUCCCUGCAGAUAUUUCUACUGUUAAUUCAUUAGAGCUCAUCCUCUGCAUUGCCGCUGCUGCUCCUGCUGUCCUUUUAUUGACAGGUCAGUGACAGAUUCUGUCUAUCUAUGUGUUUGUCUAUGUAUUUUUUUCCCCUGUCUGCAGGGCUGUGGUUCCUUCAUAUGUGCUCACAUUAAUAAAUGUGUUCUAAUGUGUUUGUGUAGUAAAGAUGUAAUCACACCUGUUAACACCUGCAGUAGUUGAUCAGAUAAUGUAUAAGUCAUUUGUGUUUUCCUCAACAACUGUAAAUUCUUUUUAUCUUUAUUUAAAGAUGUAUAUGCAACUUUCUACAACUUUCACCGAGCUGAAUGUACUUUAUAGUUCAAUUAAAAAUAAAUAAUCCACUGGUUGACCUAAAAUAGACCUCAAA